CCCCACCUCCUUCCGGCUCGCGGCUGGUAUUUGUCCCGCCCACCCCCCCUCGUCCGCUUCAUUCCGCUUCCGGUUGGCGGAUCGCUGGGUUUCAGCGAAGUUGUAGCUGUCGUGGUCGCGAUGGGGAAGUCAGAUUUUCUUACCCCAAAGGCCAUCGCCAACAGGAUCAAAUCCAAGGGGCUUCAGAAGCUGCGCUGGUACUGCCAGAUGUGUCAGAAGCAGUGUCGGGACGAGAAUGGCUUCAAAUGUCACUGUAUGUCUGAAUCUCAUCAGAGACAACUCUUGCUCGCUUCCGAAAAUCCUCAGCAAUUUAUGGAUUAUUUUUCAGAGGAAUUCCGAAAUGACUUUCUAGAACUUCUCAGGAGACGCUUUGGCACUAAGAGAGUUCACAACAACAUCGUUUAUAAUGAGUAUAUCAGCCACCGGGAACACAUCCAUAUGAAUGCCACUCAGUGGGAGACUCUCACUGAUUUUACAAAGUGGCUGGGCAGAGAAGGUUUGUGCAAGGUGGAUGAGACCCCAAAGGGCUGGUAUAUUCAGUACAUAGACAGGGACCCAGAAACUAUCCGCCGGCAACUGGAACUGGAGAAAAAGAAGAAGCAGGACCUUGACGAUGAGGAAAAAACAGCCAAAUUUAUUCAAGAGCAAGUGAGAAGAGGUCUGGAAGGGAAAGAACAGGAGGCCCCUAUUUUUACGGAAUUAAGCAGAGAAAAUGACGAAGAAAAAGUUACAUUCAAUUUGAAUAAAGGAGCAUGUAGUUCGGCAGCAACGUCCUCCAAAUCCAGUUCCUUGGGACCAAGCGCAUUGAGUACCAUUGGGAAUGCAGCAUCAGUUAAACGGAAAGAAUCUUCCCGGAGCUCAGCUCAAUCAAAAGAAAAGAAAAAAAAGAAAUCUGCCCUCGACGAAAUCAUGGAGAUCGAAGAGGAAAAGAAAAGAACUGCCCGAACAGACCACUGGCUACAGCCUGAAAUCAUUGUGAAAAUUAUAACCAAGAAACUUGGAGAGAAAUACCAUAAGAAAAAGGGUGUUGUGAAGGAAGUAAUUGACAAAUACACAGCUGUUGUAAAGAUGAUUGACUCUGGAGACAAGCUGAAACUUGACCAGACUCAUUUAGAAACAGUAAUUCCAGCACCAGGAAAAAGAAUUCUCGUUUUAAAUGGAGGCUACAGAGGGAAUGAAGGCACCUUAGAAUCCAUCAAUGAGAAGACCUUCUCAGCUACUAUAGUCAUUGAAACUGGCCCUUUAAAAGGACGCAGAGUUGAAGGAAUUCAGUAUGAAGACAUUUCGAAACUUGCCUGAGUUUGAAAAUUUAUUAACACAUUAAAAUCCUAAAGCAUCAAAUUGGUGUUCACCAAGGCAUUAUGAGACUCUACUGUGUUAGGGUGUUUCUUUUGUAUAAAGCGAAUGGAUUUAUUUAAAUAUUACUGUAUAGUUGUUCAGCUAAGCUUACAGAAAAAUCUAAUUAUGUCUCACGAAGUAUCAAAACAAUGUAAAUUUUGUUCUUGGUGUUUUUGUUGCCUUUAUAAUAUUUCCUUAAUGCUUUUUAAUCUUCAUUAAAAGAAUGUUAUUGUAAAGUGUUUUAUGUAAGACUAUUUAGAAUCCUACGGUUAGAGGAAAUCCUUCAUAUACUCUCUAUUUUCUGUAGUAAGGUUUAAACUAUAAAUGUAAUGACAUUUUAAAAAGUCAGACUAUAAACAGAGUCACGGACAUGGACAUGUCCAUGUCCGUGUCAUGGACAUGGAGUUCACACACCAUAUAAUUUCACCAAUUUAAAGUAUACAAUUCAGUGGUUUUUCGUACAUCUCC